UACAGUGGAGAUUAAAAUAACAAUAAUGAGUAAUUUAAAAACGACAGCAGGCAAAUCGUCGAUUUUGAAUGGUUUUAUAGAAGACUGCGAACAAUUAAUUGUUCGUUUUGAUCGAGCAGAUGAUAUAAGAUUUCAAACCUUUUGCGAAAUUUGGAAGGAUAUGAAAUUCUCAUUAAUUUUUACGGGUCGUCCAAACUUUUUAGAAUUGUUAGAAUUUUGUGAAGAAGCUUUAAAUAUAUGUAAACAAUUUCUGCUUUUACCUCCUCGUUUCAAGGAACGUAUUGGGGGAUUGUAUCUUUUAUAUGGCAUAUAUUAUAAAAUGCCAAUAGAUCAGUUUAAAAUUAGAGUUAAAUUGGAUGAUUGGCGAAGUAUUAUGGAGCUUCAUGCAGAAAUAAAAGAAGCAGAACAUUUGGAUGCUAAUUAUAUAUUAUGUAAACUUAUUGUAGAUAAUGCAUUUCAUUUUUGUAUUUUUGAUAAGGAGUUUGGUUUAGAAAAACAAUAUCGCAUAAAAAAUGCACAGUGCUUUAAUCCAUAUUCUAUAUUAUCAACUUUGAAAGAUUUAGCAGAGAAACAACAAACAUUGUCAAAAAUUAACGAGUUAAGUGAACUUUAUGAACAAAGGAAGCAGGCACUGAUAUUUAAAAAUAAUUCGGGUACUGCUUUAAAGCUAUUUAAUGCAAACAUAGCUCAAGAAAUUAUUGGUGAUAUUCAAACUUUAGAAGAACAAAGAAAGAAGCAGCAAAUGAAAAAUGAAGUUGGUAAAGAACAGACAUAUGCUUCAACUUCAAAAGAUGAACAUAAAAAAUUAUCCCAAUUAAAAAGUAAUUCUAAGAAGAAAGUGAGAUCAUUUAUCGACGGUGGCUUUCAAACAGAUUCUAAUGAUUCUGAAGAUGAAGCACUAGAUCUAGAAGACUUUGAUUCUGAUUCACCAGAAAAUUUUGACUGAAGAAAAAAACAGCAUGUAAUAACAAAUACAUCUUUCAUGUAACUGGAAAACUGAGUAGAAUGUUUCAUAGAUUUCAGAUGCAAGUUAUUUUAUCAGAGAUUAAUUCCCAAGAAGCAACUGAUCAUUUUCACAUAGCUGUUCAUAUAUUUAUAGUAUUAGAAAUAAAUCUGUGUACUGAAUGGAAUUGUUACAUUGCCGCGAAUAAACAUCUAUAAGGCUCGCAGCAAUA